AUGUAUUCGGGGAAGGUGUUCUCCGGUAUGGAGCUGGCGAUCAUACGGGACAUCUUCGAGAAGGAGGUGGUUGAAAACGACGCAUUUCUCUCUCGGCCGGACAUUUUAUUAAGCCCCUUAGCUGGAGACCUGGUAGCAGUCAAUCCGAGUGAUAUCACCAGUGAUGCGUGGAUCGAUAACGACCAGCACACAGACAUAACACUGGUGAACAGCCCGAACAUACCACUGUUUGAUGCGCUGUUCGACAACGAUGACAUGGUGGAUGAGCAGCUGGAAGAACUCAAUGGUGGCAGUUCGUUUCGAAACUCUUCAGAGCUGGUACAUUCGCAAGCUUUGGAGGAUUACAUGCCGACUCCAGAGAACUCAUAUUCGUAUACCUCCGAGAAGGCCGACAUUACGGACUUGUUGCUAGAGAUGCCAGACAGCUCUGAAUCGCCCGAGUCAAGAAGAAUGUCAUUUUUGGAAAGUGAUAAGCUAACCGAAUCGCAACCAAAACGCAGAAGAUUUAGCCAAGCAAGUACAGCGGGCCUGGAAAGCGAAAUGCUAAAGAGAAGAGUCAGAAAGAGCACACUUGUGAACGAUUUCAUCAGCGUAUUUGAAAAAGGCGGACCUGAAUACACGGAAAUGAUCAACAUGCAUCUUAUUCCUUAUUGCUCCCUAAACGAGCUUAAUCCAGAGCUGUUUGUGGGCCACCUUCAAUACAAAAAAGAUCAUCCGUGGGCAUAUGAGAUCAACAAGAAGUCAAAUAUCACCAGCAACCAGCUGGUUCGGUUUGCCAAUAAUGAUAAUGUGAAUUUAUAUGAGCCACGGGUGUUCAGGUAUCUGCGUACGAAGAACACUGGCAAAAGACACAAAAGAGAAGGACUGUGUUCAUUCUGCAAGCCAACAAAACAAGACUUCCACAACGACUUUAAUAGUCUAUUCUUUGACCUUAACUCGUCAGGAUAUUUACACCAUCUGACAAAGCAGCACGGCGUCUUUAGCAACGGCUCAGAAAUGCCGUUACCAAAGCUGAUUGGAUUGCACCCAGAGCUGAAGAGCAACAAGAACUCAGCUAAAAUCGGCCAUGUAUACGUCGCUGUGUGUCCAAUAUGUAACGAGAAAGUUAAGGUGCAAGAUUUGAGUCCCGAGAGCCAGGUCUCGGGAAAUCGGUUUUUGGCAUACUUUAGACACAUGCUAACGCACAAUGUGAAGAAAAACAGCGGAAAGGGGAGGUGA